CAAACGUCUCUUUGCUCAUUGUCUCCCGUCCCAAGGGCUUCAUUGACUUCGGUCUUGCAUGUCACCACGUGGUCAUGGGCGAAAUGCCAUCUGCAGCCGUCACUGCGGGGCUUGUCAAGAUUCAAGCGCAGUGGUGGCAUUCUGGCGGAAUGCAAAAUGCAAUUCCCACGCCGUCACACCCAAUGAUGGAUCUUCUGGCCUCGAUUGAUCAAGAGGCUUAGAGAUCGACUGUGAUAUGUCUUGGUGAGAUGGUGUUGGUGAUGACGGUGAACCCAACGGCGAGGCGAAAGCAACAAGAUCCCCGGACAAAGGUACCUGCCCUUCUGACAAGUUACAGGGCAUCAAUGUGACGAUCCGAAGAAGGGGCUGCCUUGAAUGACAUUGACGACCUGGUAUGGUCCUGGCCCCUCGAAACGAGCAGCUCAACGGACGGUGGAGAUUGAAAAGUGACCAGACUUGGGUCUGGAAGCGAUCAGGGUGACGCGAAGAGGCUUCACUGCACGGCACAUGGGCAAGGCAGCUCACCAUGUUGUUGCCCAUGUAUAACCAUAUUUACCCGGUUCGCCUUGCAGCAGCUGAUCAGUCCGAGUGACACUAUGGGCGGUUUCGCCAAGGUGAAGAGAGGGUGAAUUGACACUGGCGUCAGAUAUAAAUCUGCCGCUCAGGCCCCGGAUUCCUACCGACAUUCCUGGAUUCUGCAACACCCAAACAACGACAUCAAUCUCAUUCUUUCGCCACCUGGACGCUCCCUGACGAUUCCAUCAAGACACUCCUUUUUGACUAGAUCGGUCCUGACACUCCUUUCACUGCUCCAACCACUUUUCCCGUCAUAUCAUCCACAAUGAGGGCAACAGUCUUAAGUCUGGCAGCCUUGUGCGCCCCAGUCGUGCUGGCUGUUCCGCAUGGAGGCAAUCGUCGGCAUCAGCAUCCUGCGCGUCACCAUGUAGAGACUGACCUCGCGACGGUCACUGACGUCGUCACUGUCACUGCCAACAAUGCAGUUGUCUGGGUCGAUCAGUACAACAACGUCCUGUCCACCGAAUACCGUAAUCACCCAACUCCUACCAUUGUCGCAUCGCACCCAGCUGCAACUCCUGCGGUUGUGCCAACUGCAUACGCUCCAAGCCCGGCUCCAGCUCCCCCUUCCCAAGUCGAGUCAGCGUCUGAAUCAUCUGCUGCUGCGCCAGUCUCCACUCCCGAGCCUGCGCCAGUGGUCUCGGCUGCUUCUUCUUCUUCCCAGGUCUCUGACUCUUCUCCUCCACCGGUCGUCAGUGUCGUUCAACCAUCACCCACUUCUGAUGCCCCCUCCGCUGAAAAAAGCAUUGCUGCGGCCGUGGACAAUGGGAAUUCAAACAGAGGUGCCAAAGGUGGAGCCAAUCCCGGAGCCAACGCCGCUGGUGGUGGUUAUGGUAUCUGCUACGAACUCAUUGGCAGCAACGGUUGCAAGGACCAAGGAACCAUGGAUUCCGAAUUUGGUUUCUUGGCCAGUCAAGGCUACACCAAACUCCGCUUCUACGACAUUGGCUGUGACCUUAGUGUGGCCACAGCUGCUGCCGCUUCUCAAGGUCUGCAAGUCAUGCUAGGUCUUAACACUAUCGGCAACGUUGCUGGGGAUUUGGGCACGCUUGUUGGCAUGAUCAAGGGAAACUGGGGUCCUGUCGACACUGUCGUCAUUGGCAACGAAGUUGUUAAUUCAGGUGGUUCAGCAGCUGAUGUCGUCGCUGCGCUCGCCGUGGCCCGCCCCAUCUUGCAAGCUGCUGGGUUCACCAAGAAUAUUGUCGCUGUGGACACUUUUACCGCGCACCAAAACAAUCCUCAGAUCUGUCAGGCAUCGGACUUUUGCGCCGUCAACGCUCACGCUUUCUUCGAUCCCAACACAUCAGCCGGUAAUGCAGGCACCUUCGUUGAAACUGUGAUCGGCCCGAUCUCUCAGAAGGCAAACGGCAAACAAGUCAUCGUCACAGAGUCCGGCUGGCCAUACGAAGGAUCGCCUAACGGCCAAGCUGUCCCGUCCCCUGCAAACCAGCAGACUGCGAUUAGCGCUCUCAAGAGUGCAUUCAGUUCGAAUCCAGGCGGUCUAUUCCUUUUCCAGGCCUACGAUGCUUCUUAUAAGGCUCCGGGGGCUUUUGGGGUUGAGCAGUACUUUGGCAUUUAUGGCCAUUGAACUGCAUUCGGAUUGCACCUCAUCAUGACCACGACAAGACUUUUGUUCCAGAGUAAACAUUACACCCGGUUGCACAGCAUUUACAAAUCCAUCAAGAGAACAAUUCAACCCUGAAACCCGGCGUUGGAGGCACUGAGUGGCACGUUUACACCGACAACUCAGCAUAUCCAAGGAGAAAACACACACGGUACAACAGACCGCAUGUGUAAUUGUCAACGGUUGGAAACACGAUCGACGAUUUCAACAAUGGACAAUUGCACUUUCAUUACAAAGAGCAAUCUUGUUACUCCUGCAUGGCGACGGCGUUAUGGCGUUCGAGAUUGAACUGGAUGUGAAAAUACAGCAGGCAGCCGAAUCGCUUUUUUUCGGUCCCCUUUUCUUUUCCACUGCGACAUGAUUACCCCAACAUCAUUCGAUCCCCUUGUUUGAACAGAUAUUCAAUCUUCAGCUACACUCCCAGACCGGCAUGGCAUGAAUCACCUACAAGUAAGAGGUUGGCAUCCGAGCGCAGCGCUGCAACCCAAACGUAUUGUUAGUCGGAUUGUUGAGUCGUGCGAGGCUCUUGCCGCUGUGGUAUAUCCAACAGCCCCGUGAUCUGCAGCAGUGACGAAGCCGUCUUAUGGCAACUGGUUAUCGAAUUGCCCGGCAAUAUCAAUGCACCUCUAUCGGUCUGCUCUGCGAUACGCAUGGCGGCAACAAGGUGGUUUGCGAGCAUUAUAUUCGGCCAUCAAUCCAGGCAUGCAGGCAUGACCGGUUCUAGGACAGGAUCAGGAUAUGGAUAGAGCUUUGGCUAUUGUGUUUUUAUGAGCUCCACGCCAUGUCUCCUUGCUUGGCCGCUAGAUAGCUCCCAUAGCAAUCACCCGGCACAACGCCGAGGAGAUCAAUCCAAG